AUGAAGGUGGAGAUUGACAGGGAAGGAGCAAAGGGCAAAUUCAUCCGCAUCAACUUCGACGUGGCUGGGUACAUCGUGGGUGCCAACAUUGAGACCUGCCCUUUCCUUUCUUGCCCACUGCAGACGUACUCUGGCCUUUUCUGUGUGGUCAUCAAUCCAUACAAGCAGCUUCCCAUCUAUACGGAGGCCAUUGUGGAGAUGUACCGGGGCAAGAAACGCCAUGAAGUGCCACCCCACGUGUAUGCGGUGACAGAGGGGGCCUACCGAAGCAUGCUCCAGGAUCGUGAAGAUCAGUCCAUUCUCUGCACCGGGGAAUCUGGGGCUGGGAAGACAGAAAACACCAAGAAGGUCAUCCAGUAUCUCGCCCACGUGGCAUCGUCACCAAAGGGCAGGAAGGAGCCAGGCGUACCGGCUGCCAGCACCUUGUCUUAUGGUGAGCUGGAACGGCAGCUUCUCCAGGCCAACCCCAUCCUGGAGGCCUUUGGCAAUGCCAAGACCGUGAAGAAUGACAACUCCUCCCGAUUUGGACCCCCUCCCCAGGUCCUCCCCACCUUACCCGAGCAGGUUAGCGACCCGGGGAUUUCGGUCAAUGGCUUGCAGCAGAUCUUGGGCCCGGCUCCCCGAGACCUGCUGGAGAAGUCGCGGGCCAUCCGCCAGGCCAAGGACGAGUGCAGCUUCCACAUCUUCUACCAGCUGCUGGGAGGCGCGGGGGAGCAGCUCAAAGCUGACCUCCUUCUGGAGCCUUGCUCCCACUACCGCUUCCUGACCAACGGGCCGUCAUCAUCUCCCAGCCAGGAGCGGGAGCUCUUCCAUGAGACACUGGAGUCACUGAAGGUCCUGGGAUUCACCCCGGACGAAAUCACCUCCAUGCUACGGAUGGUCUCAGCCGUUCUCCAGUUCGGCAACAUCGUCCUGAAGAGAGAACGGAACAAUGAUCAAGCCUCCAUGCCUGACAACACAGCUGCACAGAAGCUCUGCCGUCUCCUGGGACUAGGGGUGACGGACUUCUCCCGCGCCCUGCUCACCCCUCGCAUCAAAGUUGGCCGAGACUACGUGCAGAAGGCUCAGACCAAGGAACAGGCUGACUUUGCGCUGGAGGCCCUGGCCAAGGCCACCUACGAGCGCCUCUUCCGCUGGCUGGUCCUGCGCCUCAAUCGUGCGUUGGACCGCAGUCCCCGCCAGGGCGCCUCCUUCCUGGGCAUCCUGGACAUCGCCGGCUUUGAGAUCUUCCAGGUCUGCACUUGGUGCCAGCUGGAAGAGGAGCGCACCCGCCUGGCGGAGCAACUCCGAGCAGAGGCAGAGCUGUGUGCGGAGGCCGAAGAGACGCGGGGCCGGCUGGCAGCUCGCAAGCAGGAGCUGGAGCUGGUGGUGACGGAGCUGGAGGCCCGCGUGGGCGAGGAGGAGGAGUGCAGCCGCCAGCUGCAGAGUGACAAGAAGAGGCUGCAGCAGCAUAUACAGGAGCUGGAGAACCACCUCGAGGCCGAGGAGGGGGCGCGGCAGAAGCUGCAGCUGGAGAAGGUGACCACAGAAGCAAGGCUGAAGAAAUUUGAGGAAGACCUGCUACUCUUAGAAGAUCAGAAUGCCAAGCUGAGCAAGGAGCGGAAGCUGCUGGAGGAGCGUCUGGCCGAGUUCUCGUCACAGGCGGCCGAGGAGGAGGAGAAGGUCAAGAGCCUCAAUAAGCUUCGACUCAAAUACGAGGCCACGAUUGUGGACAUGGAGGACCGCCUCCGGAAGGAGGAGAAGGGCCGCCAGGAGCUGGAGAAGCUGAAGCGGCGGCUGGACGGGGAGAGCUCGGAGCUGCAGGAGCAGAUGGCCGAGCAGCAGCAGCGCGGGGAGGAGCUGCGCGCCCAGCUGGGCCGCAAGGAGGAGGAGCUGCAGGCGGCCCUGGCCAGGGUGGAGGAGGAGGGCAGUGCCCGGGCCCUGCUGCUGAAAUCCCUGCGGGAGGCGCAAGCAGGACUGGCUGAGGCCCAGGAGGACCUGGAGUCCGAGCGGGCGGCCAGGGCCAAGGCAGAGAAGCAGCGCAGGGACCUGGGCGAGGAGCUGGAAGCACUCCGGAGCGAGCUGGAGGACACGCUAGACUCCACCAACGCACAGCAGGAGCUCCGGUCCAAGAGGGAACAGGAGGUGACAGAGUUGAAGAAGACUCUGGAAGAGGAGACACGUGUUCACGAAGUGGCGGUGCAGGAGCUGAGGCAGCGCCACGGCCAGGCCCUGGGCGAGCUGGCAGAGCAGCUGGAACAGGCCCGGAGGAGCAAAGGUACCUGGGAGAAGACCCGGUUGGCCCUGGAGACGGAAGUGUCUGAGCUGCGGUCGGAGCUGAGCAGCCUGCAGGCCUCACGUCAUGAGGGCGAGCAGCGGAGACGCCGCCUGGAGUCCCAGCUGCAGGAGGUGCAGGGCCGGGCUGGUGACGGGGAGCGGGCUCGAGUGGAGGCUACUGAGAAGCUUCAGCGAGUCCAGGCUGAACUGGAGAACGUGUCUGGGGCCCUGAGUGAGGCUGAGUCCAGAGCCAUCCGGCUGAGCAAGGAGCUGAGCAGCUCAGAGGCCCAGCUACACGACGCCCAGGAGAUGCUGCAGGAGGAGAGCAGGGCGAAGCUGGCCUUGGGGUCCAGGGCGCGAGCCCUGGAGGCUGAGGUGGCUGGGCUGCGGGAGCAGCUGGAGGAGGAGGGGGCUGCCAGGGAGCGGGCGGGCCGCGAGCUGCAGACUGCCCAGGCCCAGCUGUCAGAGUGGCGGAGGCGCCAGGAGGAGGAGGCGGGGGCACUGGAAGCUGGGGAGGAGGCACGGCGCCGGGCAGCCCGCGAGGCCGAGGCCCUGGCCCAGCGCCUGGCAGAAAAGACCGAGGCGGUGGAGCGGCUGGAGCGGGGCCGCCGGCAGCUGGGGCAGGAGUUGGACGAUGCCAUCAUGGACCUGGAGCAGCAGCGGCAGCUCGUGAGCACACUGGAGAAGAAGCAGCGCAAGUUCGACCAGCUCCUGGCAGAGGAGAAGGCAGCUGUACUGCGGGCGGUGGAGGAACGUGAGCGGGUCGAGGCGGAGGGCCGGGAGCGCGAGGCUCGGGCCCUGUCACUGACGCGGGCGCUGGAGGAGGAGCAGGAAGCACGUGAGGAGCUGGAGCGGCAGAACCGGGCCCUGCGGGCAGAGAUGGAAGCCCUGCUGAGCAGCAAGGAUGAUGCCGGCAAGACCGCACAUGAGCAGGAGCGAUCCCGCAGGGCAGCAGAACAGAUAGCCAGCGACCUUCGAGUGCAGGUGACGGAGCUGGAGGACGAGCUGACGGCAGCCGAGGACGCGAAGCUGCGCUUGGAAGUGACCCUGCAGGCUCUCAAGGCACAGCACGAGCGCGACCUGCAGAGCCGAGAUGAGGCUGGCGAGGACAGGCGGCGGCAGCUGGCCAAGCAG